AUGCGAGAACAACAAUCCAUUCAAGCCGCAUUUUACAAGUUGGAUGAUAAAAGUAAGUAUGAAUAUCGGGUUUGGUUAAACGCUUCAAUCGAUGUGGUAAGACUUCUCUUGAAUCAAGGUUUUGUAUUUCGUGGUCAUGACGAGAGUGAAUCGUCAUUGAACAAGGGUAAUUUUCUUGUAGUUAUUUCUUGGUUAGCUGCUAGAUGUGAUGCAAUUAAACUUUUUGUGUUAGAAAAAGCUCCAAAAAAUAAUAAAAUGACUUCUCAUGACAUCCAAAAAGAUAUUGUGUCUGCGUGUAAGAUUGAAACAGUUAAGGCUAUAAUAGAGGAUAUAAAUAGUGACUACUUUGCUUUAUUGGUUGAUGAAUCUAGAGACGUGUCACGCGAAGAGCAAUUGACUAUUUGUCUAAGAUAUGUUGACAAAAUGGAGUUUGUGAUGGAGGCAUUUAUUGGACUUGUUCAUAUUAAAGAUACUAGUGCUUUAUCUCUAAAGAAAGCAAUUGUAGAUGUACUUGCUCACCAUUCUUUGACUUCAUCUAAUGUACAUGGGCAAUGUUACGAUGGGGCAAGCAAUAUUCAAGGUGAUCUAGGUGGUCUUAAAACGUUGAUUAGACAAGAAAGUAGAUCGUCUCAUUCUGUUCAUUGUUUUGCUCAUCAACCUCAAUUGACUCUUGUUGCGGUUUCUAAAAAGUGUGUUCAAGUAGGUGAACUUGUAUUAUUAAUUGCAAAUAUUUUGAAUGUGUUUGGAGCUUCUUUUAAACGUGUGGAUAAUUUUUGA